AAUAUAGUUUGGACUGCACAACUCUUUUGGUAAUUUGUUGUAAUGACUGGAUUAGUUGAACGGUAUUUCCUUUUUGAUUUAAUGAAAUUACUUAAACAGAAUAGAGAAAACAACUGACGUUAUAGAAUUCCUUGGGGCUCAAUUAUGGAGGAUAAAAUACCCAUAAAUACACGUGGGAGUGACUAAUUUCUUGAAGAACAUUAAAAGAAGACAUUGAGUCCUUUUCCAUUCUUUGUUUGUUUGUUUUUUGUUUUUUGUUUUUUUAUUGUAGUAGUUGUUGUUGUUGUUGUUUUUUGUCUUUUUUUCUUUUUUUUAUUUGUUAGGUUGGAAACUGCUUAGAAGUUUCAUCACACCAGGUGGUGCUUCAAGCACUUAUAUCUCCUCUAUCUUUAUAUAAAUCUUGACAGAGCUUUGCAGCUGAGACAAUCAAAGAGCUCUCAGAAACAAAGUAGAAGAAGAUGGUGAUGACAAUGGGAGAAAUGUAUAGUUACCUUGGCUCAGGCAUUGCAACUUUGAUGUUCAUCAAUGCCAUCAUUCAGCAAUACUUUCCUCUUCACCUCCGAGGCUAUAUUGAAAGAUAUAGCCAAAAGUUUGUGAGUAUUUUGUUUCCUUAUGUUCAGAUUUCUUUCGAUGAAUUCACAGGUGAUAGCAUGAGCCGAAGUGAAGCCUUCUCUGCAAUUCGGAACUAUCUCAGUGACAAGUCGUCUACACAUGCUAAGCGGCUUAAGGCUGAUGUUGUCAAAGAUAGCCGGUCUCUAAUCCUCAGCAUGGAUUACAAUGAGGAGGUCACCGAUGAGUUUGAAGGUGUCAAGGUCUGGUGGACUUCAACGAAAAAUGUUCCAGAGAAGCAGUAUUCAUUUUCAUGGUAUCCUGCUUCAGAUGAGAAGAGGUAUUACAAGCUUAUAUUCCAUAGGCGUGACCGCAAACUUAUCACUGACUCUUAUAUCAGUCAUGUGAUGAAAGAAGGAGAUGCUAUUGCAGUAAAGAAUCGGCAGAGGAAGCUUUACACUAACAAUCCUGGUGAGAGUUGGUCUGGGCACAAGAGGACCAGAUGGACUCAUGUAGUUUUUAAACAUCCAGCAACUUUUGAUACUUUGGCCAUGGAGACAAAAAAGAAGGAAGAAAUCAUAAAGGAUCUCAUCAAGUUCAGCAAGGGGAAGCAGUACUAUUCAAGGAUUGGGAAGGCGUGGAAGCGUGGCUAUCUCCUUUAUGGUCCUCCAGGAACUGGGAAAUCCUCCAUGAUUGCUGCCAUAGCAAAUUUCUUGAAUUAUGAUGUCUAUGAUCUUGAGCUUACAACAGUCAAGGACAACACAGACUUGAGGAGGCUUUUGAUUGAGACAUCAAGUAAGUCAGUCAUUGUGAUUGAGGACAUUGAUUGCUCUCUUGAUCUUACAGGCCAAAGAGAGAAGAAGAAGAAGAAGGAGAAAGAUGAGGAUGAAGAAGGGAAGGAUCCGGUUAGCAAGAAGGCAAAGGAAGCAAAGGAAGAGGAGAAAAAGGAGAGUAAGGUCACUUUAUCUGGGCUUUUGAAUUGUGUAGAUGGACUUUGGUCAGCUUGUGGGGAAGAAAAAAUCAUUGUGUUCACUACUAAUUAUGUUGAGAAGCUUGAUCCUGCUCUAAUAAGGAGGGGAAGAAUGGACAAACAUAUAGAAAUGUCCUAUUGUUGCUUUGAAGCAUUCAAGGUGCUAGCCAAGAACUAUUUGGAUAUCGAUUCUCAUCCACAGUAUGAGGAGAUUCACAGACUGUUGGAGGAAACCAGCAUGACUCCUGCUGAUGUUGCCGAAAGUUUGAUGCCUAAGUCGGAUGAGGAUGAUGAAGAUACUUGUUUGAAGGCUUUGGUUGAAGCUCUUGAGGCAGCAAAGGAGGAAGCAAGAAAAAAGGCAGAAGAAGAAGCACGUCUGAAGUCAGAGGAAGAAGUGAAAGAGAAGGAAGAAGUGCAAUUGAAGGCAGAGAAAGAAGAGACAGAGAAGGAAAAAGCAAGAUUGAAGGCAGAGAGAGAGAAAGAAGAAUCCCCUAAAGAAAAUGGUAAACUAGAAGAAACUCCAGCCAAGGAAGUGAAAGAUGAUGGUCUCUCUCAUUAAGCAAGUUCUGUCGAAGCAUUAGAAUUAACCAAGUUAUUUUACUACCAUAAAAAUCUAUGCGGCUAUCUUUGUUGUAUUUAUUUUCCCUAGUGAAAUAGCAGUCAUUAAGCUUAAGUGUAAGAUAUGCUAUUGAAUCCUCUAGUGGACUGCAUUACUGCAGACUUGUGGAGUUGUUUGAGUUUAUAAGUAUCAAACAUUCGGUUUUAAGAUCGGUUUCAUUUCAUAUG